UGGCUACAGACUGCCCGGCGAUCAUCACUUCGUGCUGAGAAUUCUAUUGUCACUUAGAAAUAGUUCUCGAAGGAGGAAUUUCGAAGCAGGCUCACAAUGCCUGACCCCAAAUCCAACCCCGAAGACAUCGCCACCGCGAUCCUGAAGCCAAAGGACAAGCCCAACAGACUCCUCGUCGAUGAAGCUGUCAACGAUGACAACUCCGUCAUCCAUCUCUCACAAACGAAAAUGGAUGAAUUGAACCUUUUCCGCGGAGACACCGUUCUUCUCAAGGGUCGCAAACGUCGCGAGACGGUCGCGAUUGUUAUUUCGGACGAUACGUGCCCGAACGAGAAGAUCCGGAUGAAUAGGUGUAUUCGUAACAAUCUCCGCGUACGUCUUGGGGACAUUAUAUCCGUUCAGGGUUGUCCCGAUAUCAAAUACGGGAAAAGGAUCCACGUGCUGCCCAUCGACGACUCCGUCGAGGGCUUGACCGGAAGUCUCUUCGAGGUAUUCCUCAAGCCGUAUUUCCUCGAAGCCUACAGGCCGAUCCACAAGGGAGAUUUGUUCAUUGUUCGCGGUGGCAUGCGAGCCGUCGAAUUCAAAGUGGUAGAGACUGAUCCCGCGGGCUAUUGCAUCGUCGCCCCCGACACCGUCAUCCACUGUGAGGGCGAUCCGAUCAAACGAGAAGAAGAAGAGGAGAGCCUCAACGAAAUCGGUUAUGAUGACAUCGGUGGCUGCAGGAAGCAGCUGGCUCUGAUCAAGGAGAUGGUGGAGCUCCCACUGCGCCAUCCGUCACUGUUCAAGACCAUCGGAGUCAAGCCACCGAGAGGUAUACUGCUCUACGGACCUCCCGGAACGGGAAAAACGCUCAUCGCUCGCGCAGUCGCCAACGAAACCGGAGCUUUCUUCUUUUUGAUCAAUGGGCCGGAAAUCAUGUCCAAGCUUGCCGGUGAGUCUGAAUCCAACUUGCGCAAGGCGUUCGAGGAAGCUGAGAAGAAUUCGCCUGCCAUUAUUUUCAUCGAUGAAAUCGAUGCCAUUGCACCGAAACGAGAGAAGACCCACGGUGAGGUCGAGAGGAGAAUCGUCUCCCAACUCCUUACCCUCAUGGACGGUCUCAAACAGAGGGCUCACGUUAUCGUCAUGGCCGCGACUAAUCGUCCGAACUCGAUCGACGCCGCUCUGCGGCGAUUCGGACGUUUCGAUCGCGAAGUCGACAUCGGUAUCCCCGACGCAACUGGACGUCUCGAAGUUCUACGUAUCCACACGAAGAACAUGAAGCUCGCUGACGAUGUCGACCUCGAGAAAAUCGCCGCGGAAACCCACGGUUUCGUCGGCGCCGAUCUGGCCGCUCUGUGUUCAGAGGCUGCUCUGCAGCAGAUCCGUGAGAAAAUGGAUGUCAUCGAUCUUGAAGACGAUCAAAUCGACGCCGAAGUGCUCAAUUCUCUCGCCGUCUCCAUGGAGAACUUCAGGUGGGCCAUGGGCAAGUCUUCGCCUUCGGCUCUCAGAGAGACUGUCGUCGAAGUUCCCAACGUGAGCUGGGAGGAUAUUGGCGGUCUCGAGGGCGUCAAACAAGAACUCCAGGAGAUGAUUCAGUACCCAGUGGAGCAUCCGGACAAGUUCCUGAAGUUCGGCAUGUCGCCUCCGAAGGGAGUCCUCUUCUACGGACCGCCCGGUUGCGGAAAGACGCUGCUGGCCAAGGCUAUCGCCAACGAGUGCCAGGCGAACUUCAUCUCAAUCAAAGGUCCCGAGCUGCUCUCUAUGUGGUUCGGUGAGUCCGAGUCGAACGUGAGGGAUAUUUUUGACAAAGCGAGAGCUGCGGCUCCAUGCGUUCUGUUCUUCGACGAGCUGGAUUCCAUCGCGAAGUCUCGAGGUGCAAGCGUGGGUGAUGCGGGUGGUGCCGCCGAUCGUGUCAUCAAUCAGAUCCUUACUGAAAUGGACGGUAUGGGAGCAAAGAAGAAUGUUUUCAUCAUCGGUGCCACCAACAGACCCGAUAUCAUCGAUCCCGCAAUCUUACGUCCUGGUCGUCUCGACCAAUUGAUAUACAUCCCGCUUCCGGACGAAAAGUCUCGCAUGCAAGUUUUCAAGGCAUGCCUGAGAAAGUCUCCGAUCGCGAAGGAUGUCGACAUAGGAUUCUUAGCCAAAAUCACUUCUGGUUUCUCCGGGGCAGACAUCACCGAAAUCUGUCAACGUGCUGCGAAAACGGCAAUCAGCGAAAGCAUCCAGAAAGAAAUUCAGCGUGAGAAGAACCGUGCCGCAGGUGGCAACGCCAUGGAAAUGGACGAGGAUCCGGUGCCCGAAAUCCGCAAAGACCAUUUCGAAGAAGCAAUGAAAUUCGCCCGGAAAUCUGUCAACGAGAACGAUGUUCGCAAAUACGAGAUGUUCGCUCAGACUUUGCAACAGUCACGUGGUUUCGGAAACAACUUCCGUUUCCCGACGCAGACUCCUGCCGCGGGAGGCAAUCCUGGUGGUCAAGGCAGUUUCCAGAACGACGAAGAAGACGAUCUUUACAACUAGAGACUUCAAAUUUCCAACGUCAUAGGCCGAUAUGAAUUCAUUUACGGAGAUGGGAGCAUUGCUCAGUGAGACGAAGGGGCACCCGGUUCACGGUUUGGUCUGUCCGAGAUCAUCUGAUGAAUUCUUCAGCCCUGCAGCAAGACGGCGUGGUGAGGAAGGGGAAAGGCAUGAGCUGAGAAGAGACGAAAGAGAGGAAGAAACAACUUUGAGAUGAAAAACAAAACGAAUAAAAUUAAGGCAGAUCAGAGAUUCCAUUCGAUUCUAGCCUCGCGGAUGAACUCGCUCCGAGCCGAGCCGUAACCAUUCGGGAUGCAUCGUCUGUCCUGAAGUGCCGUUGUUUCCGAUUUCUCCGAUGAAAUGCUUGUACUAUCGUACUUUCACGAUUCCUCCAUUCUGAGGGCGAGAUGGGGAUUCUGGAUCGAUGUCGUUCGACAUGAUGAUUAUUUGUUUUGCGAACGACUUGAUGCUUGAACUUUCUCAGGAGACUUUCGAAUUCUAUGCUGUCGUCGUGUUGUAUCACUGCUUCCCUCGACAAUACAUGAGAGUUCACUCUCCCAUUUGGACUCAUCCAUGAUCUUCGGAGGGGGUGACGGUGACUUACGAGUAAUAUUCAGAAAGUGAUCCGUGAUCAUACAGAUAAAUAUAUUAUACCCGGUCAAUCGAAAAAUAUGAUUAUUAAAUAUAUGAAUAAAGAUUGUCUAGAA